UUGGCAACACUGUUAGUUGCGAAAGUGAAAAUAAAGUAAACACAAUACCGACGAGAACCUCUCUGCAAUUUGUUUUUCUUUUUCAAAAUAAUUUGAAGCAGGUAUGCCAUUUGCCAUUGUCCAAACUCAUAGCGCCGGAGGAAGGGAAGAGCUUUCGGCAGUUCCUGAGAAAUGGAUCAAUACGUCGAUUCAUGGCAAUAUUCUUUGGUGGCCUAGCGUCAAGUCUAGCUCCGAGCAGGCAAAGCUACAAAGGGACGAGAAUUGCGCACCAGGAAAAUCUUGGCUGAGAUACAAAUGCCGUAUCAAACGUAAAAAUAUAUCUACUUAUGCCCAAGCAGCCUCACUGAUCGACGAAAUGUCAGGUUGCUCUUCCUCGGAUGUAAGCUUGAUCCUCAAGAAAAAGAAAAAGAGCAACAAAACAGCUCCAGUCAACUUCCACGAUUUGCUCAAUUUACCCGCAGAUGAGCCAUCUCUCCAAAUUACACCACAUCGUAAGGUUUCAGUUAAUAUUUCCAGAAAAACGCCAUCAAAACUGAUUGCUACAGCCGCACCACCAAAGCGCACACUGCUUCCAGCGACCGUCGAAGCGCAAUCUGCUUCCGGAAUCCUACCAUCUUACGAGUUUGACGCUGCCAAUAAUAAUUAUCCGGAACUUCUCUCUUUGACCAACAACCCUCAAUCAUCAUCUGCAAAAUCAAUCGAACAAUGUGUGGACCUAUUGAAUCGGCUUAUUGACAUGCAACAGAAAUCAAAUACCAUGCUUAAUACUCGCAUAUCAUCCCUGGAGAAAAGAUUGGCCCAUCAAUCAACACAACUGGAAUUUAUUAUGGACGCACUCAAAUCUCGUAAUGAUCAAGGUGAAGCAACAGAAUCAGGUCGAUCAUUUUGCUUCCAACGAAUCGAUGAUUCUCGAAAACUGGAAGAUCUCGAGAAGAACCUUGAAAAUGAGUCCUAUAGAUCAAAUCUGGUAAAAUGGCUUCGCGUGAACGUCUGUGGUGAUUGUGCUGACGAACGGAUGCUAUGCGUACUAGAUUUAAUGAUGACCAAAAAGUUCCAAGCGCAGUGUACAUGGACAGGAUCAAGUCGGAAAGGUCCCAAAAUCCCAAUUAUGGUCAAUCGUAAAAUGCUGAAGGUUUUUGUGGAGAUUGGAACUAGUGAUACUGAAAUAGUUACACAGCAAAAACUGACCAACUUUUUUAUGAAGAAAUUGAAAAACGCCGGUAAAAGACUAAAAUCUUCGGGCGUUCGUCGAAGCUCACGUCAUGUUGUUAAGAAAAGAGUAAUAAACCGCAAUGAAGAAUCACAGCACAUCACGACUGGAGGAAAAGGACUCAUCGUAAUCGAAAAAGCAGACGACAGGAUUGAUCAAGGUGUGGAGAUAAAAGGAGAGCAAGGUAUGAUUGAAAACUCGAACGAUGCUCUAGAUGGCAUGGCAAAUGAAGCUAACACCGAUUUGUAUGACUCUUUCGUAGAAAACUACGAACCAUAUGAGUAUCUCGAUGAAAUUUCCGGGGAAAUUGGUACAGCAGGUAACGAACCGGUGAAUGAUAUGGAUGCCGAAUCAUCGAAUGAGACGUGCUCCACUGAUGAAUACUACGAAGGCAGCCUAGAUAUGGAGGAGAACGAUCCACUUGACGACAACGUUUGCGAGUUGGCCGAAUGA